AGAUAGCAGAGAGCCCGUCUACAGUGACAGAGGACAGCCACUCUGUAGCCGUACGCCCUGCGGCUAGUGUAAUAGUUUACAGAAAGUCUGAAAGUGCGACUUCCGAACCGCCCGCGCGCUGCCCAACUGCUCAGGAAAUACUACGGAGUUUUGGAACAUAAUUUCCCCAAAGGAGUGACGAGAUUCUGGAAUUACUGGAGUUGUGAACAGGUUGAAGCUCAAGAGCAGCUCAUCUUUCGAGAAAGGACAGACUUUUGAACAGCAGGAGUUCAGGAUGGAGAAAGCGCAACUGUUUUUGCCCCUUGUCAUUCUACUGAUGCAAUGCCUUCCCAGUGUCCCUGUUACCGUGUCAACAACCACACCCAAGGUGGAGGUCCGUGAGAACUCUGAUGCGGUUCUGAGCUGUGAUUUUCGGACCGAGAAGGAAACGAAUCCUCGAAUCGAGUGGAAGAAGAAAGGAACAGAUGUAUCAUUUGUUUACUAUGAGGGACACUUCAGAGGAGCCUUUGCGGGGCGUGCAAGGAUCAAGGGGGCAACGGUGACCCUACAGAGGGUGACCCAGAAAGACGCGGGUGAAUACCGCUGUGAGAUCACUGCCCCUCAUGACACCAUCACCCUGGGGGAGACUAACAUUACCCUCACAGUCUUGGUUCCCCCCCACACCCCAUCCUGUGAGAUCCCCAGCUCGGCCCUGACGGGCUCUAUGGUGCAGCUGCGCUGUAUGGACCAGCAGAGCAUCCCCCCAGCCACCUACUCUUGGUACAAAGACGACAAGCUGCUGACCCCCUCCCGCAUGGCCAAUGCCACCUACCACCUCAACCCAUUCACCGGCAUACUGGAGUUUAAGACGGUGGCGAGAGGCGACACGGGACAGUACAGCUGUCUGGCAUCAAACAAAGUGGGGCAGUCCAAGAUGUGUGAGGCUAAACACAUGAAGAUAGAUGAUGUAAACAUGGCAGGGGUCGUUGCUGCGGUCGUGGUCAUCUGUCUGGUCAUCGCCAUUUGUGGCUUCGGAGGGUACUAUGCACACCGUAAUGGCUACUUCAGCAGACACAAAGGACGGUCAUUUUGGAUCCCUCAGUGUCAUGGUGUGGCCCACAUCAGCAGCCAGAACCUCCACAGAACAGAAGACAAGACUAAUGCCAACUACAGCCCUCCGCCCCAAGAUCCUGCGGACUUCAAACACACCCAGUCUUUCAUGCUGUGAGGCUCUCAACAACCCCCUAAGACACCAGCACCAUGACAACACUGGAGUAGUUUUAUUCGACCCAAAUGAAUCAAUAAUUUUUGGGGGACUGACCAACCCUGCUUUCCUCACCCUUGUGGAUGGAUAGCAAGGAGGGGCAGACAACUCUGCGUAGAGGCCAUUUAUUCCUCCUGUUUUGCUGUACCUGGGCCCUCAAUGCAAGCCUAUUAUAUUAGUCACAUGGUACUCUACUCCCCUCUAGUGGCCAAGUUGUUAAACUACAGCCUAUAUCACCCUCCUGUGGCGGACCCAUGGAAUUAUGUUCCACACAUGCUCACCUCCCCCUCAACUGGCCAAAACAUUAACUACCUAAAUCUUAUUUUAUACCAAAGACUUGAACAUGGCAUCAGUGUAAUAUACCGUACAUAUUUUCUGAUGGCUAUUGGCUAAGCAUUGAUGUGAACACAAGGGAGCAAUCACAUUAGGGCACUGCAAGAGGCGUUACUACAGACCCUGGUUUGAAUCCAGGCUGUAUCACAUCCGGCGGCGCACAAUUGGCGCCGCUCUAUGGGACUGUUAAUAAGAACAAAUUCUU